UGAGCAAACCCCAACUCAAGUACGUUUGGGAAUCCACCGGGGCAACGGAAAGGCAUCCACGCCCGCUCUGCAGAGACAGUGGUUGCUCGGAACGCAACCACAGAGGAAUGAAAAAAAGGGAGCGACACAGAAGCACGGAAUGGGCAACAAGAUCGCGCGCACGACCCAAGUCUCGGCUUCCGAGUACUACCUCCACGACCUGCCGUCGUCGUACAACCUGGUCUUGAAGGAGGUCCUCGGGCGAGGCCGGUUCUUGAAGUCGAUUCUCUGCAAGCACGACGAGGGACUGGUCCUCGUCAAGGUCUAUUUCAAGCGCGGCGACUCCAUCGAUCUCAGGGAGUACGAGCGCCGUCUCUUCCAGAUCAGAGAGAUCUUCCGCCUCCUCGACAACCCUCACGUUUGGCCCUUCCAGUUCUGGCAAGAAACGGAUAAAGCAGCUUAUCUUUUGAGGCAAUACUUCUUUAACAAUCUUCACGAUCGGUUGAGUACUCGGCCUUUCCUCAGUCCUGUGGAGAAGAAGUGGUUGGCUUUUCAGUUACUUCUUGCCGUGAAACAGAGCCACGAGAAAGGAGUUUGCCAUGGUGAUAUUAAGUGUGAGAAUGUGCUAGUCACAUCUUGGAAUUGGCUCUACCUUGCCGACUUUGCAUCCUUCAAACCCACUUACAUUCCCUAUGACGACCCUUCAGAUUUCUCCUUUUUCUUUGACACUGGAGGAAGAAGACUCUGCUAUCUUGCACCUGAGAGAUUUUAUGAGCAUGGAGGUGAGAUGCAGGUUGCACAAGAUGCAACUUUGAGGCCAUCUAUGGAUAUCUUUGCCGUAGGGUGUGUAAUAGCGGAGCUUUUCCUUGAGGGUCAGCCGCUAUUUGAACUCUCCCAGCUUCUUGCCUACCGCAGAGGGCAAUAUGAUCCUAGCCAACAUCUUGAGAAGAUCCCUGAUUCUGGAAUCCGCAAGAUGAUACUACAUAUGAUUCAGUUGGAACCAGAGUCACGACUUUCUGCUGAAAGCUACCUGCAAGAAUAUGCAGUUGUUGUGUUUCCAAGCUAUUUCUCACCAUUUCUGCAUAAUUUCUACUGCUACCUGAAUCCUCGGCAUUCUGAUGUGAGGGUUGCAUUGUGCCAAAGCGUUUUUCAAGAGAUACUUAAGCAAAUGAUGAACAAUAGGUCAUCUGAGGAGACAGGUACUGGACUUGCUACACCUGCUAAAAGAACUAGUGGUGAACUGUCGCAAGAGAUGGUUGCAAAACAAAAUGUCAGUUUGACAAAGGACUCGUUGAGAAAGAGAGAGCAGACAGAGAGAGGCUUAAUUCAUGAUCAGUUUGAACUUAUCGGUGAUCUCAAUACACUUCUCAGGGAUGUUAAACCGAAUAAUCAUUACCCUGAUGCCAAGCCGAGGCUUGAAGAUGCGCCCAAUUCUGCAUUUUCCCAAAAUUUUAAAAGCUAUGGGAUACAAUCUCCUGGUGAUCUACUUCAAACUAUCUCCAAUGCAUUUAGGAGAAAUGAUCAUCCCUUUCUGAAAAAGAUUACAAUGAAUGAUUUCAAUACACUGAUGUCCGAGUAUGACAGCCAAUCAGAUACAUUUGGCAUGCCUUUUUUACCAUUACCUGAAGAUAGUAUGAGAUGUGAAGGUAUGGUUCUGAUCGCCUCUCUUCUUUGCUCUUGCAUACGAAAUGUCAAGUUGCCUCAUUUGAGGAGGGCGGCUGUACUUUUGCUCAAGUCUUCUGCACUGUAUAUUGAUGACGAAGAUCGGUUGCAGCUAGUGCUUCCAUAUGUUAUCGCAAUGCUUUCAGAUCCAGCAGCAAUUGUGCGGUGUGCUGCCUUGGAGACUUUGUGUGACAUUCUGCCUUUAGUUCGAGAUUUUCCUCCCAGUGAUGCAAAAAUUUUUCCAGUGUAUAUUCUUCCAAUGCUUUCCAUGCUUCCUGAUGAUCCAGAGGAAAGUGUGAGGAUCUGUUAUGCCAGCAAUAUCGCUAAGCUGGCACUAACUGCUUAUGGAUUCUUGAUUCACUCAAUAAGCAUGAGUGAGGCGGGGGUCCUUGAUGAAUUGACUUUAGCACAGAAGCCGUUGGCAUCAUCCAAUGAGACAUCUGAACGACUUCAAAGGAUAAAUAGUGAUGCACAACUAGCACAGCUGAGGAAGUCCAUUGCAGAGGUCGUUCAAGAGCUUGUUAUGGGUCCAAAGCAGACACCAAACAUCAGGAGAGCACUUCUUCGGGACAUUGGCAAUCUAUGCUACUUCUUUGGCCAGAGACAGAGUAAUGACUUUCUGUUGCCCAUCUUACCUGCUUUUCUAAAUGAUCGAGAUGAGCAGCUAAGGGCAGUGUUUUAUGGGCAAAUUGUGUAUGUAUGCUUUUUUGUGGGCCAAAGAAGUGUGGAGGAAUAUCUUUUACCUUACAUUGAGCAAGCUUUAAGUGAUGCAACAGAGGCUGUAAUUGUCAAUGCUUUUGAAUGCUUGGCCGUUUUAUGUAGAAGGGGUUUCUUACGGAAGAGGAUACUGCUUGAGAUGAUAGAGCGAGCAUUUCCAUUGUUAUGUUAUCCCAGUCAGUGGGUACGAAGGUCAGCUGUCACUUUCAUUGCUGCUAGCAGUGAGAGCUUAGGUGCAGUCGAUUCUUAUGUUUUCCUUGCCCCAUUUAUACGGCCUUUCCUCCGCAGACAACCUGCAUCUUUAGCUUCAGAGAAGGCUCUCCUUUUAUGUUUAAACCCUCCAUUCACUAGACAGGUAUGUUAUCAAGUCUUAGAAAAUGCUAGGAGUUCAGAUAUGUUGGAGAGACAGAGAAAGAUAUGGUACAAUUCACCACCACAUUCUAAACAAUGGGAAAGCAUGGAUUUACUCAAUAGAGGUUCAAUUAAGAACUGGCCAGAUAACCAACAAAUUCCUGAAGCUCAAACACCUGUUGACAAGGCAUUGCAACAGCCAGAGUUAACUGAAUCUGAUGAUGGUGAGGCCAACUUGAGAGGUAUGGGAAAUUUUAUGCGUAAUGCUGCUAGCACAGUUGAUAUUCGUGAUCCCCUAAGCUCAGAAAAGCUAAAAUUCUCAGGCUUUAUGUCGCCACAGGUUAGUGGUGUGAGUAGUUUUAUGUGCGAUAAAUCACCAGAAGGCAUACCGUUGUACUCCUUUAGUUUGGACAGGCGGGCAGUUGGAAUUCCUCCUGCCGCGUCUGAUUCUCCAUUACAAGCAAAUUCCCCAGGAAUUGGUUCAUCAUCCAUGCCUUGGAUGGAUCCUGUAAAUAAAUCAUUUAGCUUGGCUAGUUCAGUUCCAGCACCUAAGCUUGUUUCAGGCUCAUACAGCAUCAGCAAUGGUUCUAAACAGUUCCAUAGAGUGGUGCAUGAACCAGAUGGCAACGACAAUGAUCAGAUGGCCUAUGCCAAUACCAAAGCUCAAGAGAUUGGAUCACCUGGCAUGAUGAAAGGCAGUUCUAUUACUGUGGAAGAUGCCUCCACUUCAACUGAUCUAAUAGGAUUGCCAACUUUUGCACGGACAUCAUCAAUUCCAGAUUCAGUUUGGAGGCCACGAGGGGUGUUGGUUGCACACCUUCAGGAGCAUCGCUCUGCAGUUAAUGACAUAGCCGUAACAACUGACCAUAGCUUUUUUGUGAGUGCAUCUGAUGAUUCCACUGUCAAGGUUUGGGAUUCGAGAAAGUUGGAAAAGGACAUCUCAUUUAGUUCGAGGCUAACUUAUCACUUGGAGGGAAGCCGGGCACUGUGUGCUGCAAUGCUUCGGGGUUCUGCUCAAGUUAUUGUUGGAGCAUGUGAUGGCAUGAUACAUAUGUUUUCUGUUGAUUACAUUUCAAGAGGUCUUGGCAAUGUUGUUGAGAAGUAUUCAGGUAUUGCUGAUAUAAAAAAGAAGGAUAUCAAGGAAGGUGCCAUACUCAGCCUUCUUAACUACUCUGCUGAUAGUUGUUUCAGUCAGAUGGUAAUGUUUAGCACCCAAAAUUGUGGGAUCCAUCUGUGGGACACAAGAAAAAACUCCAGCUCGUGGACGCUAAAAGCAACUCCUGAGGAGGGCUACGUGUCUUCUUUGGUAACAGGUCCUUGUGGGAAUUGGUUUGUGUCAGGAUCUUCAAGGGGUGUGCUUACCCUUUGGGAUCUGAGGUUCCUUGUACCUGUGAAUUCAUGGCACUAUUCUCUUCCAUGCCCGAUAGAGAAGAUGUGUCCUUUUAUUCCUCCUUCAAAUGCCUCUCUGCCUCCUACUGCAAGACCCCUUAUUUACGUUGCCGCUGGUUGCAAUGAAGUUUCUCUUUGGAAUGCAGAAAAUGGAAGCUGCCACCAGGUAUUGCGAGUGGCAAACUAUGAUAGUGAUGCUGAAAUGUAUGACGGGCCUUGGGCUUUGGCAAGACCAUCGAGUAAGUCAAACUCUAAACCAGAUCUGAGACGGAAUGUCAAUCCAAGGUACAGAGUUAAUGAACUGAAUGAACCUCCUUCCCGUCUUCUUGGUAUCCGUUCACUGCUUCCCUUACCUGGGGGUGAUUUGUUAACUGGUGGUACUGACUUGAAGAUACGUCGCUGGGAGCAUUACAGUCCUGACCGAACUUAUUGUAUCUGUGGGCCAAACUUGAAUGGAGUUGGGAAUGAUGAUUUCUAUGAGGCAAGAUCUAGUUUUGGUGUGCAAGUUGUGCAGGAGACAAGAAGACGACCUUUAACUGCUAAGUUGACUGCAAAGGCAGUUCUUGCAGCUGCUGCCACUGAUUCUGCUGGUUGCCAUCGCGACUCCAUUCUAUCUCUGGCUUCUGUCAAGUUGAACCAGAGACUCUUAAUAUCGGGCAGUAGAGAUGGGGCUAUCAAGGUUUGGAAGUAAAUGACUUAAGCAUACCCAGUGAUAUGUUGUACAUAUUUAGUAUCAAUGCUGGUAGAUAUUGUACAUUAUAUUCUAUAGAUUAAAAGCUUUGAUUCCGUUGCAUACAUAUCUAAUUUUACCCGUCUGAUUUGUACAGCAUGUAAACAUGUAGGAUUUGUCAGCAGUUUAUGUUGGAUGAUAUUUUAUAUUGCUGUUAUGAUAUUUUAA